ACGGGAGGACCCUGAAAUAUAGAGACAUCCUGGUCUCUAACAUUAGGCACCAACAAAUUCUUGACUGCCCACAUUGAUGGAGAGACAAGAUAUCGAGACUAAACUGGACAUGAACAACCAUUGCCAGCAGCCACAAUGCCUCGGACCGCGCUCUUCGUAAUCGACAUCCAGCAUGAGCUUGCAGGCGAUCCGACCACCCAGAUUCCGCAUGCUUCACGGAUCAUCGACGCUGCGAGCAACAUCACUCUAGCCACCCGCGCCGCCAUUGAUGAACAAAGUUGGGAAGGCGUCGAGCCGGACUGUCUGAUCGUCGUCGUCCAGCACGAGGAAGCACCGGAGGGCGGAACGCUUCUGCGUGGAAGCAAAGCGUGGGAGCUAGUUUUCCCGCCAAGGUGCGGAGACCUAAAUGAGAUGCUCGUUGCGAAGCGGACAGGAGACACAUUUGAAUCGAAUCCCAAGCUUGCGGCGGAGCUGAAGACAAAAGGUGUCACGGAAAUCAUAGCCUUUGGCCUUCAGAGCGAGUUUUGCGUGCGAUCGACGUGUAGGGGUGCGCUGGCCGCGGGAUCCAAGGUGAAGUUGCUCAGCGGAGCGCACUCGACAUACGAUGUGAAAGAGAAGACGGCAGUUGAGAUUGAGCGGGAAAUCGAGCUGGAGUUGAAGGGCGAGGAGGUGGUGGUGCUGGACUGGGAGGAGUACGUGGAUGGAUUCAAGGACAAAUAGUUCAGAAUAUAUGGUAUUAUGGUGUGAGUGGUAUCAACGAAAUAGAAUGCCGAUUCCUACGCUGCUACCAUUCAAGGAAGGACUGGGUGUUAACAACUUCAUUCAUGAAGACGACUGUGUCACAGGCGACAAUAAUAAUGACAGAAUUUCUCAUUUCCUUUCUAGCGUUCCUUAGGUCCCUAUCUAUCCUAAACGAACUCGGCCAUUCCCUGUGGUCUACCU